AACUUCUUGCUACAUUUCAGUUGUAGGGUGCCGCUAACUCAGAUCAUUGUCCGCCAUUGAACUUCUCUUUCUUUCUUCCCUCUGCCCAAUGUUGUCUCUCUUCUGCAAUUUCUACCUGUAAAAUAAAAUGCUGCGGAACCUUCAGACACGUCGUCGCGGUUCCUGUGGCGCCUACUUUUGCGCCUUCGCCGCCGCUUUGCUGCUUCUAUUUUCAGUCUCCCUCCUCUACACUCGCCUUUCUCGCUCUCAGUCACACACGUACUCUCCUCACAUGUAUCCAAAAUCCCUAGGCAACAUUCUGGUCUCUGAUUCAGAUGACGACAGCGACAUUGUUUUGGGCACUACUACCACCGACGAGGACAAGAUCGAUGAGCUCGAUUUUGUGGAUGAGGACCUCCAAUCUAGGGCAUCUGGCGACGAGGAUUUGGGAGAGGAUGAAGAUCAAUCUGAUCAGGUCAGGGUUUCUGGAUUUUAUUUUGACCAUGUUAGUGGGGCUAUUAGGAAGAUUUUUGAUAACAAACGUUCGAUCGAAGAUUGGUCUGAUGACACUUCUGGUUUUCCUAUCGGAUUAGGUGAAGAAGAUCGCAGUAAAGCUGCGUUUGGCUCUGAUGAUGUGCCGGUUGAUGAAGAGGUGAGGAGGAAAGCAAGUGAAAUGACUGGGAUCGAGGACGCGCUUUUGUUAAAGGUGGGUGGAAGUGUUUCGCCCUUAAGAGAUGGGUGGGGAGAUUGGUUCGAUAAGAAGGGCGAUUUUUUGCGGAGGGAUAGGAUGUUUAAGUCCAACUGGGAAGUCCUGAAUCCGCUGAACAAUCCCAUUUUGCAAGAUCCGGAUGGUCUUGGUGUGGCCGCGCUAACAAGAGGUGAUCGAAUCGUUCAGAAAUGGUGGAUGAACGAGUUUAAAAGAGUCCCGUUUCUUGUUAACAAGCCGUUAGGCGUUACACGGAAGGUCUUUAAUACGGAAGUAGAAAAUGGCAGUGUGGACGCAAGUAUCAAGAAGAGCGGGAGCCUAAGUAGUCAGACUGAUGUAAACGUAAUGGACACUGGUAAGGAAACUUUAAACGUGAUCGGAACUUCAGAUGAACACGCCGGAAAUAACCUUUCGAGGAAAAAAGUUAUCAAUAGGAGUACUAAGAACGAGAAGAGUCGGGAUAGAAGCGCAGAAAACGCUGAUGUAGUAGAUAAAGUAGUUUUUACGAAGGAUGCAGGAUCUAAACUGAGGGUCGUGCCUCAAAUUUUUACUAGUAUAUAUGCAGACGGCAAGCGAUGGGGUUAUUAUCCUGGUCUAUAUCCGCAUCUGUCAUUUUCUCAUUUUAUGGAUGCAUUCUUCAAGAAAAAUAAAUGCGAUAUGAGAGUUUUUAUGGUUUGGAACUCACCUCCUUGGAUGUUCGGUGUUCGGCAUCAACGUGGGCUAGAGAGCGUGUUCUCGCAUCAUCAAAAUGCAUGCGUUGUUAUUUUCUCGGAGACAAUUGAGCUUGAUUUCUUCAAAGAUAACUUUGUGAAAAAUGGUUACAAAGUUGCGGUUGCUAUGCCAAAUCUUGAUGAAUUACUGAAGGAUACACCAACCCAUAAAUUUGCUUCUAUCUGGUUUGAAUGGAAAAAGACAAAGUUCUAUUCUACUCAUUACAGUGAGCUUGUUCGUUUGGCUGCUUUAUACAAGUAUGGUGGAAUCUAUCUUGAUUCUGACAUUGUAGUCUUGAAACCUCUAUCUUCGCUUCACAAUUCUGUUGGGAUGGAGAAUCAGCUUGCUGGAAGUUCUUUGAAUGGGGCAGUAAUGGCAUUUAGAAGGCAUAGCCCCUUCAUAAUGGAGUGUCUGAAAGAAUACUAUUCGACUUAUGAUGAUAGAGGUUUUAGAUGGAAUGGGGCUGAGCUCUUGACAAGAGUUGCAAAGAGGUUUUCCAGCGAAGUGCCUUCAGAACAGUUUGAGUUGAAUGUGCAGCCGUCUUUUGUAUUUUUUCCCAUUGCUUCACAGAAUAUCACUAGAUACUUUGCGGCACCAGCAAGUGCAACCGAAAAAGCUCAACAGGAGGGUUUGCUGAAGAAAAUCUUGAAAGAGUCGGUGACAUUUCAUUUCUGGAACAGCGUGACAUAUUCCCUCAUUCCCGAGUCCGAGAGCCUCGUGAGCAGACUCCUCGAACAUACUUGUAUCAGAUGUUUCGAUGUAUUGUGAAUUUCUCUAUCUAGACACCUAAUAUUUCCCGGAAGUGAUCAAAGUAAGAGCAUAGUUGAUCGAGUUUUUGUAACUUAAUAGUGUGGUUGGGCUUGGCAUAGCAAUUCUAUUUCUUUGAUCCUCGUGCUUUUAGAUACAUCCAUAUUAGGUGGAUCCGUGUUUUCAGCCCUCUUUUAUUUUUUUUAUUUUUUUUAUUUUUUUUUAUUUGCAACUCUGUUUUGUAUACGUGUACACAUUUAACCAUCUUUUGCUCUGUGCUCUUAUUUCCAUUAUAUAUAUAUAUAUAUAUUAAGCAA